UUUUCUUUCAUUGUUUGAUAGAAAAUGGUGACGCACUAGAAAAAUAGUCUUGAGAAAAAACUGCUUUAGAUGACUAUUCAAAUAUUGCAACUGGUUUGAAAAAACUACAAAGUUUGAAUCUUUCAUCAGAAAAAUAUAGUUUCUUUCUUUUUAUUGUUUGAAGUUUAUCUUAUAACUUCUCAACAGAAUCUUUGUUACAUGGAGAGUGGAACCAGCUUUGUCCCGGAAAUGACAGAAAACAUAGCUAUGGAUUCAGCAGAGAAGAGACUCAAUGAGCUUGGUUACAAGCAAGAACUAAGAAGAGAAAUGACUAUGUUCAAAACUCUCGCGAUAUCAUUUUCAACAAUGACGCUUUUUACUGGAAUCACACCUUUGUAUGGUUCUAGCCUUCAAUAUGCCGGCCCUGCGAGUCUUGUCUGGGGUUGGGUAGUUGUUUGUUUCUUCACUUGGUUUGUUGGAAUUGCUAUGGCUGAGAUAUGUUCAUCUUUCCCGACAACUGGUUCUCUGUACUUUUGGGCUGCACAUUUAGCCGGUCCAAAAUGGGGACCAUUUUCUUCAUGGUGCUGUGCUUGGCUUGAAACCAUAGGUCUUAUUGCUGGGAUUGGGACUCAGGCCUAUGCAGGAUCACAAACAUUGCAGAGUAUAAUCCUACUUUCAACAGGCACAAAUAAAGGCGGAGGGUACUUUGCCCCAAAAUGGCUAUUCUUGUGUAUGUACAUUGGCCUCACUGUUAUUUGGGCAGCAUUGAACACAUUUGCUUUAGAAGUUAUCGCCUUCAUCGAUAUAAUUUCAAUAUGGUGGCAGGUUAUCGGUGGAGCAGUGAUAGUGAUAUUGUUACCUUUGGUGGCACUAACUACACAAUCAGCUUCAUAUGUAUUCACAAACUUUGAAUUAGCACCUAAUACAACAGGAAUAUCAAGCAAGCCGUAUGCGGUGAUUCUAUCGUUUCUUGUGAGCCAAUAUUCCCUCUAUGGAUACGAUGCUGCAGCACAUUUAACCGAAGAAACCAAAGGCGCAGACAAGAACGGACCCAUAGCAAUACUCGGUAGUCUUGCCAUCAUUUCAGUAUUUGGUUGGGCUUAUAUCUUGGCACUUACAUUCAGCAUUCAGGAUUUCACUUAUCUUUAUGAUCCAAACAAUGAAACUGCUGGAGCAUUUGUGCCAGCACAGAUAUUAUAUGAUGCAUUCCAUGGAAGAUAUCACAAUUCUGCAGGAGCAAUAGUUCUACUAUUUGUCAUUUGGGGUUCAUUCUUCUUUGGUGGACUUUCAAUCACCACAAGCGCUGCCAGAGUCGUUUAUGCACUGUCAAGAGAUAAGGGAGUGCCAUUUUCAUUCUUAUGGCGAAAACUGCAUCCAAAGCACAAGGUACCUACAAAUGCAGUAUGGCUAUGUGCAGCAAUAUGCAUUCUUCUUGGUCUACCAAUAUUGAAGGUGAAUGUGGUAUUUACUGCAAUAACAUCAAUAUGCACAAUUGGUUGGGUUGGUGGCUAUGCAGUACCAAUCUUUGCAAGAAUGGUGAUGCCUGAGAAGAAUUUCAAGCCUGGACCAUUUUAUUUGGGAAAGGCAAGAAGACCAAUAUGUUUGGUAGCAUUUCUGUGGAUUUGUUAUACAUGUAGUGUGUUCCUUUUGCCAACUCUUUAUCCUAUAACUUGGGAUACUUUCAACUAUGCACCUGUUGCUCUAGGGGUAGGUUUGGGUUUAAUAAUGAUUUGGUGGGUAAUAGAUGCAAGAAAAUGGUUUAAGGGGCCAGUUAGGAAUAUUGAUGCUCAAAAUGGCAAGGUGUAGUUAUUGAUCAAUUUGAAGAAUAAGUGGAGGAAUAUUCUUUAUCCCAUACUUGUUGCUUUAGACUUGUAUGUACUAUGGUUUUAUUAAGACAAAUAUUUAAAAUCCUUCAGUUGAAAGAGGUAAGAUGUUAAUGAAAUAAAAUUUAUUCA